AUGAUAACAUCGGAAAUCGUAAUCAUCACCAGUGAUAAUUUGCACGAAUAUACAACAUCAUCAUUGACUAAUCUUUUGAAAGAAAAACCAGAUGAUUUCAGAAUUAUUAAGAAAGAAAAAGCAAUAAGCAAUUGUUGGUCAAUUUUCGGACAACCAGCUAGAAAGAACAAAGAAGAUACAUAUGUACCUAUUGAAGGUUUCGUAUCUUGCUCUAAAUGUUUCAAAACUUACGUUCACAAUUCAAAUACUGGAACAAAAACUUUGAACGCACAUCUAUGUGUGAAACAGUUUUUAGCUGAUUCAAAUGAUACAGCAAAAGAAAAUAUUUCAUUAUUAGAAGAUACUCAUAAUAAUGCAAUUUCAGCUACAUUAUCAACAUCGAGAUUGUCUAUGUAUUCACCAUUGAAUCGUAUGGGUAUGAUCACUCGAAAAAAUUUGUCUGAGAAAGAAAAAGCAAAAAUCAAAGAUUUAAGUGCAUUUUGGUUGUGUGGAGCACUUCGGCCUUUUUCAAUCAUGGACGACAUAGGCUUACGACGUCUUGUUCAAGAAUGUAUUAAUAUUGGUGCUAAAUAUGGUUGUCUUGAUGUUGAUGUGGUGUUGCGUCACAGAACAUCGAUUAGUAAGCAUAUAAAACAACUAGCAAUAACAUCUCGCGAAAACUUAACAGCUGAAUUUAUUGAACCUCUCAGUGCUCAAGCACUUACAAUUAUUCCUGAUUUAUGGUCUGAUAAAUACAACCAAGUUCGUUUUCUUGGUGCCACAGUUUCUUACGUUGAUGCUAACUUUAAUUUCCACUGCUUUGAUUUAUUUUGUCGUGAAUAUCAGGAAUUGAAUAAGCAAAGUCAAAAUAUUAUUAUAGCGCUAAGAAAAAAUUUAAUGGAUUUUAAUAUUCAUGAUCUAUCUUCGGUUAAUUUUUGUUCCGAUCGAGGUUCAAAUUUCGUCAAAUGUCUCAAACAAUUUUGUCCAGUACAUUGUUAUGCACAUCGAAUUAACAACAUUUUAUCACGAACUUUUUUUGGAAAAGAUCACUCGAAAAAAAUGAAACAGUUUUUAUCAUCAAUACCAACAUCAAAAGAUGAAAAUUAUGAAUCAUCAUCAAGUGAAGAUGACUCUGAAUGUCACGAAUCCGAUGAUGAAAGUAUUCCAACAAUGAAAAUGAAAAAAACAAAAAAAGUCAAUGCAUCAUCUAUGUUCACAACGGACAGUACAACUUAUAAAAAGAUUAAUCAUAUUCAAUUGAAACUCGUCGAUUUACCUAGUGAAGCACAAGCUAUUCUUGAACAAAUUUACAAAGCGAAAAAAUUAGUAAAAUACAUUAAAAAAGUAAGUAAUACACUUAAUACUCAUUUUUUUCGACGCCGUAAAAAUUUUUUAAAGGCAGGUUUAAAUCAAGAAAUUUGUGAUAUUGGUGGUUCAACAUUAAAGCAAUGUACUCAAGUUAGGUGGUUAUCAUUGUCUGAGACUCUUAUCUCCAUUGUUAAUUCAUAUUCACAAAUAAAAACAGUAUUAUUACGUAAAGGUCAAGCUGGUCGAAUGAAUGGAAUCGAUAAGGAUGAUAUGGCUGCAAUCGUACAAUUGUUGAUUCCAUUUAAAGUAAUUUUAACAGCUGUACAAUAUGGAGCAGGACCGUCUCUAUACAUGGUCUUAUUAUCUACAUUACAACUUCGACGAGUUUUAUCAUCUACUAGUGAAUUAUGCCAUUUUUGCAAAAUAUAUUAUAAACAACAUAAUCGAUCGAAUGAAGUCAAUGAUGAUGCAACACUUCCAAAAAAAUCAGAUAAUGUUAAUGAAGAUGAUGAUGCCUAUUAUUUUGAAGUAGAGGAAUGUGAUGACGAUGAUGAAUCAUUUAGAAAUAAUUCAAUUAAUAAAACUGCCGAUGAAGUUACUCAAUAUUUACUUUUGGUUCAAAAAUUAAAUGAAAACAAAAACAAUGAAAAUCCAUUGCCUUGGUGGAAUGAACAUAAAUCAAAAUUACCUAAAUUAUCAAUAUUAGCUCGUCGUUUGUUUUCGAUACCGGCAACUUCUGCUAGUGUUGAGCGACAAUUUUCCAGCGCUGGUUUAGUUUAUACUGAUCGAAGAAACCGAUUAGAUGGUGCUCAAUUGGAUAAUGUAUUACUUGUUCGUGCAAUGAAUAAUGCAAAUACAAAUGAAGUACAAUGA